UGAUUUUUUUUUUUUAAAAAAAAAAAAAAAAAAAAAUUGACCAAUCGCGGGCCGCCACGUGUCGUGGGGCCCGCGCUACAGUGAUGAACUUUAGGAGAGAGGGUAUCAUGCAGAAGAGGUGAGAAGGGGUGAGUUCAUCACUUUUGCUUUUUUUAAUAUUUUUUUUUUCUCGUAAAACGUGUGAACCUCCCUCUUGAACCUCUAAUGCUCUUGCUCUAAAGAGCUUAAUACAUCUGUCUUUUCAAUAACCGAAGAGUGUCACAUUGUCAGGUUUUGACCCAUAGUUUUAAGUUUAAAUCUGAGACUAAAAUUAAUAUAUUUAGGGGAUUCACAUAUAAUAUUUAUAAUUUUAUGUUAAUAUAGUUUUUCUUCUUCUUUUUGAUGGUCUGAUUGGCUGAUACAGAGAUCUUGAUAAUCGUUGCCUAAUACAUUUCUAAACUGAAAUAUGUUAAUCUUGCAAAUAUUAUACGAAAAGUUUAAUUUGACAAACCCUAUAUUGAAAAGAAUAGGAACAUCAAGCCUUGAUUUGUUUUAAUUUUAUAGUUCUAAACGAUAAGCGCUAAUUGAUUUAAAAGAAUUUUUCUGAUUUCCUUGAAAAAAAAAAAUACAGUAAAACCGCCUAUGCCUACCUUUACACAAAACCCACAGCUACCAACAGAUUCGGCGCGAUUUAAAAACCAUUAACGAAAUUUUAUAUUAAUAAGAGAAAUAUUGACUCAACCUUAUCCAAUCACGUCAAAGCAGUAUAAAUAAACAAACGUUGGACUGUCUACUGAUAUAUAUAACCCGAGAGAAUAAAUAACCGAAAGCGAUAGAGAUCAUUUGAUUCAAUGUCGGACAUAGCGAUAUUAGUGGUGGAGGAGUAUGAGCGGAGGGUGAGACAGCCGGAGGAUUCGAAGGCGGCGACGGUGGACUUUGAUUGGUGGAAGAAACUUCCCGGGAAGAUGAUGACCAUAGGAGUCGACGAGAAGAAGAUAGAAAGUUUCAUGAAGAAGUUUGAGGCCAAGUCUCAGUUUGCUAUUGCCAUCUCACAUGGCGUUUUCUCUGCUUGAAACCAGUUUGUUUAUAGCUAAUCUCGUUUCUUUAUCACUGCUUUGUGCUUUCCUUUUCCUUUGGGAGUUUUAUGUAAAAAAGUAAAUAUCUGAAUUAACCAAAUGUAAUAGUCUGUUUGUUUAUUUAAACAAGUAAAAAUGUUGCCUAACUAUGUUUACAUA